CUCCAGUUGGGACCGGGCGCUGGGAGUUUAGGCGACACCGGGAGAAGGGACGCUGAGUUCGAUGGCGCUUCACUCUUGAGAGUAUUGGGCUGCCAGGCUUUUCCUUUGUGGCCCAGUCUCAGACAGGAAUCCCGCUGGCUGGGAGGCUGCCGCCGUGACGACUGACAGAGCCCUCUGCAUUCUCCCUAUUCCUACAAACCGCCAACCUACCGACACUCCUCUGUAAACCGCGUUUCCUGUCCCCCCGCAGAGACGGGACUGAACUAGGAUCAUGAAGGAGGAGGUGAAGGGAAUUCCUGUAAGAGUGGCACUGCGUUGUCGCCCUCUGGUCCCUAAAGAAAUUAACGAAGGCUGCCAGAUGUGCCUUUCCUUCGUGCCCGGAGAACCCCAGGUGGUGGUUGGUACUGAUAAAUCCUUUACCUACGAUUUUGUGUUUGACCCUUCGGCAGAACAGGAAGAGGUCUUCAAUACAGCAGUAGCACCACUCAUAAAAGGCGUAUUUAAAGGAUACAAUGCAACCGUACUGGCCUAUGGGCAGACUGGCUCUGGAAAAACCUAUUCAAUGGGAGGUGCAUACACUGCUGAGCAAGAGAAUGAGCCAACAAUUGGGGUUAUUCCUAGGGUAAUACAAAUGCUCUUCAAAGAAAUUGAUAAAAAGAGUGACUUUGAAUUUACUCUGAAAGUAUCUUACUUAGAGAUUUAUAAUGAAGAAAUUUGGGAUCUUCUAUGCCCGUCUCGUGAGAAAGCCUCUCAAAUAAAUAUUCGGGAGGAUCCUAAGGAAGGCAUAAAGAUUGUGGGACUCACUGAGAAGAUUGUUGUAGUUGCCUCAGAUACUGUUUUUUGUUUGGAGCAAGGCAACAACUCUAGAACUGUGGCCUCCACCGCUAUGAACUCCCAGUCAUCGAGAUCUCAUGCCAUCUUUACAAUCUCCAUAGAGCAAAGAAAGAAAAAUGACAAGAAUAGCAGCUUUCACUCCAAGUUGCAUCUUGUAGACCUUGCUGGAUCAGAAAGACAGAAGAAAACCAAGGCUGAAGGGGAUCGUCUAAAAGAGGGUAUUAAUAUUAACCGAGGUCUCCUAUGCCUGGGAAAUGUAAUCAGUGCUCUUGGAGAUGACAAAAAGAGUAGCUUUGUGCCCUACAGAGAUUCCAAGUUGACCCGACUGCUUCAAGAUUCUCUAGGAGGCAAUAGCCAUACUCUUAUGAUAGCCUGCGUGAGUCCUGCUGACUCUAAUCUAGAGGAAACAUUAAAUACCCUUCGCUAUGCUGACAGAGCAAGAAAAAUCAAGAACAAACCUAUCAUUAAUAUUGAUCCCCAGACAGCUGAGCUUAAUCACCUAAGGCAACAGGUACAACAGCUACAAGUCUUACUGCUACAAGCCCAUGGAGGUACCCUGCCUGGAUCUAUAAAUGUGGAACCAUCAGAGAAUCUACAAUCUCUGAUGGAGAAGAACCAGUCUCUAGCAGAGGAGAAUGAAAAGUUAAGUCGUGGGCUGAGUGAGGCAGUUGGUCAGACAGCCCAGAUGUUGGAGAGGAUCAUUUUGACAGAGCAAGCCAAUGAAAAAAUGAACGCCAAGCUAGAAGAGCUCAAGCAGCAUGCAGUCUGCAAAUUGGAUCUUCAAAAGCUAGCGGAAACUUUGGAAGAUCAAGAACUAAAAGAAAAUGUAGAGAUUAUUCGUAGCUUGCAACAAGUGAUUACCGAGCUAUCGGAUGAAACUGCUGCUUGCAUGGCUGCAGCCAUUGAUACUUCUAUGGAGCCAGAAGCUCAAGUAGAAACGAGUCCAGAGACCACCAGGUCUUCUGAUGCUUUUACGACUCAACAUGCUCUACGUCAAGCUCAGAUGUCUAAGGAGUUGAUUGAAUUGAAUAAAGCCCUUGCACUGAAAGAGGCCCUGGCUAGGAAGAUGACUCAGAGUGACAGCCAACUACAGCCCAUUCAGUUCCACUACCAGGAUAACAUUAAAAAUCUAGAGUUGGAAGUCAUCAGUCUACAAAAAGAAAAGGAAGAAUUGGUUCUUGAACUUCAGACAGCAAAGAAGGAUGUCAACCAAGCCAAGUUGAGUGAGCGCCGCCGUAAACGUCUUCUGGAGCUGGAGGGUCAAAUAGCUGAUUUAAAGAAAAAACUAAAUGAUCAGUCCAAACUUCUGAAACUGAAGGAAUCCACAGAGCAUACUGUGUCAAAACUGAACCAGGAGAUUCGGAUGAUGAAAAAUCAACGAGUACAGUUAAUGCGUCAGAUGAAAGAAGAUGCUGAAAAGUUUAGACACUGGAAGCAACAAAAGGACAAAGAAGUAAUCCAGUUAAAGGAGCGGGACCGUAAGAGGCAAUACGAGCUGCUCAAACUGGAAAGAAACUUUCAGAAACAGUCCAAUGUACUUAGACGUAAAACUGAGGAGGCAGCAGCUGCCAACAAGCGCCUCAAGGAUGCUCUUCAAAAGCAACGGGAGGUCUCAGAUAAACGGAAGGAGACUCAGAGCCGUGGAAUGGAAGGCACUGCAGCUCGAAUAAAGAAUUGGCUUGCAAAUGAAAUUGAGGUUAUGGUCAGUACUGAGGAAGCUAGGCGCCAUCUGAAUGACCUUCUUGAAGAUAGAAAGAUUCUGGCUCAAGAUGUGGCUCAACUCAAAGAGAAAAAAGAAUCUGGGGAGAAUCCACCUCCUAAACUCCGGAGGCGCACAUUCUCCCUUGAUAAAGUCUGUGGUCAGCUUUCAGAGUCAGAUGAUUCUAUUACAAAGCAGAUUGAAACCCUGGAGACAGAAAUGGAACUCAGGAGUGCUCAGAUUGCUGAUCUCCAGCAAAAGCUCCUGGAUGCAGAAAGUGAAGAUGGUCCCAAACAACGCUGGGAGACUAUUGCUACGAUUCUGGAAGCCAAAUGCGCCCUGAGAUAUUUAAUUGGAGAGCUGGUCUCCUCCAAAAUACAGGUCAGCAAGCUUGAAAGCAGCCUGAAACAGAGCAAGGCUAGCUGUGCUGACAUGCAGAAGAUGCUGUUUGAGGAGCGAAAUCACUUUGCUGAGAUCGAAAUAAAUUUAAAGGCUGAGCUGGAUGGAGUGGAGAGACAGCACCAAGAGAAGAUGCUGUACCUGCUCAGCCAGCUGCGGGAAAGUCAAAUGGCAGAGAAGCAGCUGGAGGAGUCAGUUAGUGGAAAGGAACAGCAGCUCCUGUGUAGACUGCAAUGUCAGGAUGAGGAGCUUAGGAAGAUGCAAGACUUGUGUGAGCAAAACCAGCAGCUUCUUGAAGAAAAUGAAAUCCUCAAGCAGAAACUGGCCCUCUUCCAAGUAGCCAGCAACCAGAACCCCCAGCGUAAGGAUAUCCACCAAUCUCCAGACUCUUCCUUUGAGUAUAUGCCACCUAAGCCAAAACCUUCCCGUGUUAAAGAAAAGUUCCUGGACCAAAGUAUGGACAUCGAGGAUCUACAGUGUUCUUCAGAGCAGUCAGUGAAUGAACAUGAGAAUGGUGGUGAUGAUGGUGACAGUGAUGAUAGGGAUGAUGAGGAAUGGAAACCAACAAAAUUAGUUAAGAUGUCCAAGAAGACCAUCCAAGGGUGUUCCUGCAAGGGCUGGUGUGGGAACAAGCAGUGUGGGUGCAGGAAGCAGAGGUCAGACUGUAGCGUGACAUGCAGCUGUGACCCCACAAAGUGUCGGAACCGCCAGCAAAGCCAGGAUAGCUCGGGAACUGUUGAUAGGACCCAGGAUUCUGAAGGCUCCUUCAAACUGGAGGAUCCCACAGAGGUAACCCCAGGAAUGAGCUUCUUCAACCCCGUCUGCACUACCCCCAAUAGCAAGAUCCUAAAAAAGAUGUGUGACAUGGAUCCGAUGCUGUUAGACAAGACUGCCCUUGCUCUCUCCUUUGACCUCCCAGAACUGAAACAUACAGCAACAGUAUCCCAAGAAAAUAAGGCCCCAGGGAAGAAAAAGAAGCGAGCUCUGGGCAGCAAUACAAGCUUCUUCUCUGGCUGUUCCCCUAUAGAAGAAGAAGCCCACUAAAGUUGUAGUUACCAUCUUUACCCCAUCCCCAGUCUACCAGCCAAAAGGGGUUGUCACAUGAUUCUUGUGGAUUUCUGGUUUCUUGUGAUUGAGGCAAGGGACAGUGUUAAUGAAAAAGAAGGGGACCUUUGUGGAAUGGUGGCCCUUAGUCUCCAGCCCCCUGCCCCCACUCCAGACUUCUUUUUUCUUACUGAAGAACCACUGACCUUCCCAUUGACUCAUCAGGAACUAGUUCCCAAUGUAUCUAGCUCUUUUUUCUUUGUGAGCAUUAAGCCUGUCUCCUGAUGGCCACAAGGCUGAGGUUUCCUCUCUCCACCUAGUGGAGGAGCCUGACCCAUCCUGAAGACCUGGCUCAGCUCCCUCUCUCCACCUCUGAAAUGGGUUAAGAUCUUUCCUGCCCUAGCUCUGGAUUUUAACUGUUUAUACAGGAUUUGUCUGUCUUGUUAGUGAAGUGAAAUAUUUUUAAAUGUUAAAUAAACGUU